GUGUGACCAAAUUUGCAUCUGCUUUCCUUACAUUGACCAGCAUUUUGGAGAAGAAAGAUGACCUAAGAAAAAUGGUUGUGCACAGCAAGUGGGACAGCUUGAGAGAUGUCAAGUCCAAAAAAGGAAAAUCUGCAACAGCAACAAUGAUGAGUCCACAAUUCUGGAAAGAUGUGAAGAUGUGCUUAAGUAUUUUUGAACCUCUUGUAAAAGUGCUUCGUUUGGUUGAUGGAGAUGUCAAGCCUACUAUGGGCUUCCUGUACAAAGAAUUAACCAAGGCAAAGAGAGAGAUAAAGCAAUGCUAUGGGAACAUGGAGGCUCGGUACAGAGAUGUCAUGUCUAUUGUAGACAAGAAGAUGAAAGGGAGACUUGAUUCUCCCAUACACUUAGUUGUAUGUGUGUUGAAUCCAUACUAUAGUUAUGCUGAUACGUCACUCUUUGAAGAUGGCACAGUGAUAGAAGGGUUUAUGAAAUGUGUUGAGACCUUCUAUCAUGCUGAUGAGGACAUGCAAGAUAAGGUUGUCAACUAUGAACUUAGGAUAUUUCAAACCAGGGAAGGUUCAUUUUCUAAGAAGCUAGCUAGGCCUUAUCAAAACAUUGAUUAUAACCCAU